UCUAAAUUUUAACAUUUUACGAUUAUAAACAUCCCUAACAUAUGUACAUAUCUUAAUAUGUAUAAGUGUAAGCUUUUAAUCACUAUUGGCACCAAAGUUGUUUACUCAAAAUAUCUAUGACUCUACAUCAACUCAUUGCUCUAAUUGUCCACCACAACCAGCAACUUUCUUGCUUUAUCAUACUACCGUUAUAUGCUAGCAAAUGCCCCGUGGUGCUAUAGUCGAUAAAACCUAUAAAAUAGCUGACGCUGCAGGUGCGAACGUUCAUUUGUUUUCAACGCACACAACAUGUGGCAACAACUGGGACUGAUAGCAUUGCUCGGCUUGGCAGCCGUUGAUAACUUCGCGACUGCAGAGCGCGUACGCUACGACAACUAUCACGUCUAUCAACUGCAGCCGAAGACUCCCGCACAAUUAGCCGUCGUUACAGAGCUCGACGGCACGAGUGACGCAUUUAUUUUUCUAGACGCGGUACACUGGGUAAAUACAAGAAUUAAUGUGCUUGUGGCGCCGCAAGGUAUAGCUGAUAUUUUGGGUGUACUACAAAGUGCCGAUGUACCGCAUCAACUGAUCGAGGAGAACGCACAGACGAGCUUAGAUUUGGAGAAGGAGCUUGUGGCAGAUCCCAAUCGGCGUAGCGGUGAUUAUACUUGGCGUGAAUACCAUGAGUUGGACGACACUUAUGCCUGGUUGCGUACGCUAACAGAAAAGUAUCCCGAGCAAGUGAGUCUAUUCGUAGCCGGCAAGUCGUACGAGGGACGUGAAAUAUUAGGCGUAAAGAUAUCCUAUAGUAGCAGUCGCGCUGAUGAAGCAGCUCGCGCAACGAAACCCGGCAUUUUCAUCGAAGGCGGCAUGCAUGCACGCGAAUGGAUCAGUCCGGCUACUACAACCUACAUUAUUAAUCAAUUGCUGACGAGCACCAACGCUGAUGUGCGUAAAGUGGCCGAAAGCUACGCAUGGUAUCUGGUGCCGCAUAGCAAUCCAGAUGGUUAUGUGUAUACGCAUACCACCAAUCGGUUGUGGCGUAAAACACGAACACCAUAUAACAACUGUUUCGGCGCAGAUCCAAAUCGUAAUUGGGAUUUUCAUUGGAAUGAGGUUGGCUCCAGUAACAAUCCCUGUUCGGAGACUUAUGCUGGUCCCAAGGCAUUCUCAGAGAUUGAAACACGUACUCUAGCCGACUACAUUAGCACGCUGAAGGGACAAUUACUGUUGUACUUAUCAUUUCAUUCGUAUUCACAACUUUUACUUUUCCCUUAUGGACAUACGGGUGAGCUGCCACCAAACUAUAAGGAUUUGAAGCGUGUUUUCGAUGUGGCUGUUUCCGCGGUUUCGAAACGAUAUGGCAGUAUAUAUACUGGCGGUAAUGUUUAUGACGCCAUCUAUCCAGCUGCAGGUGCCAGCUUAGAUUGGGCUUAUGGCAAAAUGAAAGUACCCUACUCAUAUUGCUUUGAACUGCGUCCUUCGGGUUCUGCACUCUGGUCGGGUUUCCGUCUACCAGCUGAUCAAAUUAUACCUACUGGUGAGGAGAUAAUGGAUUCUAUGUUAGCGAUGAUUAAGGAGAUUGGUUCUUCGGCCAGAAUUUAGAGUUGAUAUUUUGUGAAAUGAAUAUUUAAAGCUUUCUUAUAUUUUAACAAUUGGGGUAUUCAGAAUGAACAUGUUAAUCUGGUAACUCGUUAGUUAAUACUUAGUUAAAACUCUUAACUGUAAGCAUACUUUUUGCUCUAUCUCAGUAGUCUGGUAUGUUUGUUUCCAAAACCGUUUAUAAAAUUUUAUUAAAUACUUACUUUUGAAAAAUUUGUCUAAAAUUAUUUUGUAGCAAGAAGAAAAUGUAUUUUCUCGCAAUGAAUCAAAUGAAGUUUUUAGCCAACGACGCAAAACAAACAGCUUAUGUGAUGUUACUAAGUAACGAAAAAAUUAUCAAGCUUGCUAUCCUGGUAGAACGAUAUACCGAAUAACGACUAACGAAUUAACAAAGCAAAAGCAAAAAGUAUUCGGACCAAUACCCUUAAUAUUUUGUGAAUAAAAGUAAAAAUAAAAUAAAA